GAGAGCUCACCACAGAGCUGUUUCUUGCAGCCCUGGUCCUCUGCAGAGCAUCACUCCGCCUUAUCAGCCAAGGUCCAUCUCCUGCCUGCAUCCCAGCGCAGCCAUGCUGGGCACAGCAGUGCGGCUCUCGGUCCUGCUCGGCUUCCUCGGCUUUGGGAAAGGCCAGAUGUUUCACAUGGGACCAUGCCCAGAUCCACCAGUCCAAGAAAACUUCGAUAUCAACAAGUAUUUGGGGAAAUGGUACGAGAUAGAGAAGCUGCCAUCAAGUUUCGAGAAAGGAAGCUGCAUCCAGGCAAAUUACUCGUUGAGGGAGAACGGGAAGUUCAAGGUGAUCAACAAGGAGAUGCUUUCCAGUGGAAAAGUCAAUGAAGUUGAAGGAGAAAUGAUGCACAUGGAUGUGAAGGAGCCGGCCAAGCUGGGCGUCCGCUUUAACUGGUUCAUGCCUUCUGCCCCUUACUGGGUCAUCUCCACCGACUAUGAAAACUAUUCACUGGUUUACUCCUGCACCAACAUCCUCUGGCUCUUCCAUGUUGACUAUGCCUGGAUUAUGUCAAGAUCUCCCGACAUGCACCCAGAAACCGUGGAGCACCUGAAGAGCAUUCUCCAGUCCUACAAGAUUGACACCGAGAAAAUGAUGCCCACGGAUCAAGUUAACUGCCCUCCUGAGAUGUAACUCCCGGCACACAGCGACACAGCGCCAGGCCAGCGAUGAACUUUGUUGCUUUCUUUAUUAUCCAUUAGAAUUUCUCUAUGUAAUAGAGAAAUGUAAUAAUCCUUUCGCUAACAGUAGUUUGCCAGCCCUGAGUUACUCCUUGCUGUCGUUCCCUCUAUCGCUCUCCCCGCUUUUUUGUCUCGCCCUGACUUUCGCAGUGUAACUGACUGAUUCAAAGCUAAUGGGUGAAGAAGAGAAACCGUGAAGUGCAGAUGCCCAUGGACCAAUGUAACUGCCCUCCCGAGACGUAACUCAUGGCAUGCAGUGACACAGCGCCAGGCCAGGUCUGCUGUUGCUGUGAGUCCUCCAGUAUGUGGAUGGGAAAGGGUAUGAGAUGUCAUGUGCAAGUAUUAGUCCUGGGGAAAAACCUUUCAUCACACAGCUCCAGGUUUGUUUCCCAUUUUAGUCUUGAUGCUUCUGGGCCUGCUAGGAGUCUACGGUGUCUGAGCUACAUUGCGGGCACUGCCUUCCCAAUGGCAAUGCCCAGACACGGUGGGUCGGUCCUACAGCCUGGGAACUGAGACUGGGGGUCUUGAAUGUUUUCUGGUGCAGAAUGUUGCUGCCAAGUCAGAGGACCUCCUCGCUAGAAACCAGAUCUGGCCCUUCGUAUUUAAAGUCUAAAAAUGUCCAGAAAUUCAGCAUCCCUCCACCCCCAGUGUCUGUAUGUGUCCUGUCUUGCCUCUAGUGAGGCUAGUCCUGCACUCCCAAGGGGUCAGCUCUGAGAGUACCCAUAAGCAGACAGAAGGAGACAGGGCUGCUCCCUUGCCCUCUCCUCUGGAGGCUUUUCCCUGAACACCGAGAGACGGCAGGCUCUGCCUGACAUCCUGCUCACCGCUUUUGUACGUGCCAAGUGCCUGCUGGCAUUGCAUCUGCCCAGGCAGGUGUUCACCAGGCACCGCGACAACUCUGCUUGAAUAGCAUUGAUGCAACUCAUUAAAAAUUAAAUCAAAGUAUCUUGCUUUGUGGGAGCUUUUGUACCUUCCCAGCUGCAUGACCCUUUCGAGCAGGCCAGGGGCUUGGCGUGUGGGGUCUGCCUCUCCUCUGAGGCCAGGGCAGCGCCAGAGUGGGAGCGCAAUGCAACAUAAGCAACCACGUCUGAAGUUAAAUGGUUUGCUCCAGGAGCCUGAAGGUCUUUCCAGCUCCCUGGGGUCCGAUGUGUGGGUUUCCCCCAUCGCCAGAGCCAUGCCAGCAAACCCUUGUCAUGGCUUUGGCUGGCAGCGACCCCCAUCUCCUGCUGCUUUCACUGACGUGAAGAAAUAAUGAUGCGGGCAUAGCAUACUGUAAAACUGCAGGACGUGUUCUACACCUGCUGUGGUGGGACCUCGAUUGGGGUGUGUGUGCAGCAAAGCGCUUUCUUGCCCUGGGAGGGCUGCAGGAGCUGGGCAGGGAGCCAGCAUUUCACUGAUCUUGACCAGUCGGAGGAGGCUGAGAUGGGAGGGAGGCCUUGCAGGGAUCAGAAAGAACCGC